AUGAAGCUCAGCAUCAACUCUGUGCUGCUCGUCUCGGCCGCACUGGUGGCUACGAGCUGCACCUCGGCGACGCCUCUGGCAUUCAACGCGGAUGACGAUACCAUCUCGGUUCCGAUCCAGCUUCCGUUUUCGUCCACGCCUCGCGUUGUCACAUUCCCCAACUGGUUCUCCACCACCUCGGACAAGGACGACGACGAUGUGUGCCCGCGCUUGCUCGUGUCGUGCGUCAAGCAUGGUGAGGUGAUCGGCGAUCUGGGCGAGCAAGACUUCUGUCGCCAGGGUCUAACGUGCAAGAUGUGCCAUCCCAAAAAGAAGGCCCUCGAUUGCAACACCAAGUACAUCAAGCAGUGCAAGACGCAGUGCGAAGCGCGUGGACCGCUCGGUGGAAAGCAAGCCACACUCGAACACAAACUCGACCAGAUGGACAAGGCAUUGGACCGCUUGUUCGCAGCUGAUGACGAGGACGAUAUUUGCCCAGACAUGAAAGUGUCGUGCAAGGAUGCCGAUGGAAACAAGGUGGGCGAUAUCGGAAAAAAGCCUUUCUGCAGAGACGGUUUGACGUGCGCCCAGUGCCACCAGACGGAAAACUCGGUCGAGUGCAACGCCAAGUUCAUCAAGCAGUGCAAGGCUCAGUGCGAGGCCACGGGACCUUUGGGUGGUAAAGGUGGAGUGUUUGUCCACUUGUUCUGA